GCACUUUGCGGUACACGUAGACAUGAGGCCAUAACCUUUCCGCCUGUCUUCGUCACUUUACAAUAUUUUCCAGUUUGACGAUGUAAAGCGUUCCUCCGAAUUUUUUAUACAAGGUGACAUUUGACGAACACCGUGAAAGCUGUCGCACGAUGAAUCUAAGUAAAACAGAGAAAUUAUUAGCUGCUAAAAAAAAGCUAAAAGAAUUCCAAUUACAAAAAAGAUUGCAAGCACAAGGAGUCUCAAACAAGCAGCAAGAUACAAAUAUAAUAGAUGAAUCUAUAUCACAGUGCCAAACUAUAGAAGCAGAAAAACCUUAUGAUCAAAAUAGUCACAAUGAAGUACAACACACAGAAAACUUAGCCCAAUCUGAGGAACAUCUGGACACAAUAAAUAUACAUACGGAAGAAGAUAUAAUAAAACAGUUUGCUUUCUUUACUUCUUAUGAUGAAGAGAGAAAUAUAGUAAAUCAUGCUCUUACAGGCACUUACUUAAUAGAUAAAACAGAAAAUAAAAUAGUAACAAAUGAAACAAUAGAAAAGAAUGUUUUGGAAAAUAUUAUAUUAAAUGACAGUGGUGAUAAAGAUUCUAUACAUCUUCAGCCAGAUUCACAGCUUAAAGAAAAUGAUGGAAAAUAUAACUUAAACAUAGUAUCUAAUGGAUCACCAAUGGUACAAACAGAACAUUUGUUAGAAAUGGCUUCAGAAGUUUCUAAUGUGCUUACUGAUGAUACAGAUCAUAGUGAUCCAUCUUUGUUUGACAAUGAUCUGAAAUGUCGCAAUCAAUUUUUAACCACUUGUUUGGAAGAGCAGAAACAACUUGUGAAUAAUUUACACAUUGAAGUCAGUCGUUAUCAUAGCAGAGUGGCUGAAUUGGAAGGAAUUCUUGCUACAAAGGAUUCUGAGUUUGAAGCCAAACUCGUUCGUGAAGUAAAUCCUUUGAAAGAGCAAUUGCAAGUUCAUACACAAACUACUGGUAUUCUAAUAGCAGAAAAGGCAGAGCUUACAGCAGCUUUAGCACAGAGUCAGAGAACUGCAAAACAAAAUGCAGAGGAAUUAGAAGAGAUGAAUGGAAAACUGAAACAUAGUCAGCUUCGUAUUAAUGAGCUUGAAAAAGAAUUAGCUCAAACAAAAAAUAAUUCUACUGACACUCAGAAAAAUGCUCAGCAAAUACAACAGAUCUAUGAUGAGCUUGAAAAAAAAUAUCAUGAACUCAGAAAAGAAAAGGAAGAUGUGGAAUUAGAAACUUCAGAGUUAAAACAAAAGUUGAAUUUAAAGAAUACUGAGUUUAUUAAUUUGCAACAAGAAUUUCAAGAAAAAGCAGCUUUACUUUCUUUAAAUGAAUUAAGAAUACAACAGUUAACUGAUACAUCACAAACAUUAGAAUCUCAGCAUCAAACUGUCACAGCACUAGAACAACAAUUAGAUCAAAUGAGAAAAACUUUGCAGUUAGUGAAUAAUGAAAAGGAUGAUAAUAGUAGACGAUGUCAAAGUUACAUACGACAGUUGAGUGGACAGAUAAAAGUAUUGGUCGAGGAGAUUCAAAAUGGACGUGAAAAAAUCAAUGAAUUAGAAAACAGAGAGAAAAGUUAUGUACAACGUUUAUCAGAUUUAGAACAGCAACUUCAACAAGAAAAAGAAAAAAAUGAAUCUUUACUUCCAUUGCAAAAUCGUAAUGAUGAGAUAAAUAAUUUCAAGAAAAAUAUCGAGGAAUUAACCGCACAGGAGGCAAAACUUCAGACCAUGUUAUCCGAAAAAGAAAUGGAAAUUGAAAUGUUAGUAAAAGAAGUGCAAGAAUUACGGGAUACAAAAGAUGAUGGAACAGAUGCAGUAAAAUUGGUACAAGCUCUUGAAAGUGAAAAACUUGGCGCAUCUAGAGCUGUUUCACAAAAUCAACAAUUGAAGGAGCAAUUAACUGAAAUGGAAAAUGCUUUUGUCACGUUGAGCAAUGCUAAAUUAGAUUUGACAGAACAACUUCAAGCUGAAAGAAAUAUUGGCAGAAAAUUAAAUGCAAAAUUGAAUAUUGUUGAAACCGAAAUGGAUAAUUUGAAGGAAAAAUUAAAAGAAAAAGAAACAUCUUUAAUAGAAUUGGAAAAAGAAAAAUUACAAAAUGCUCAAAUUGCAGAUCAAAUGCAACAUUAUCAAGCUCAAUCUCAUCAUGCCCACACACUCCAACAAGAGUUACAAAAUUCUUUGAUUUGUAUAGAGAAUUUAAAAAAAGAAAAUGAAGAACUUAAAAAGGAGUUGGAAAAUAAAAUACAAGAAGAGACAUGUUUGAAAAAUUCCGAAGAAUUUGCGAAUGUCGACAAAAAUCAAUCGAUAAUUGAGAAUGAGCAAAACCAUGAUGACAAUGUAACAACGGAAAACUUAUCACUGCCAGGAAAUAAAGAUGCUUUAAAUGUUUCUGAGCCUAUUAUAAAAUUAGAAAAGAGGUUUAAGGAAACGAUGGAAAAAGUUGCUGAAUUAACUGAUGAAAAGCAAAAAUUGGAACACCUUGUUCUUCAACUUCAAGGUGAAACAGAAACUAUAGGAGAAUACAUUACUUUAUAUCAAAAACAACGAGCAAUUCUAGGAGAAAGAUGGAAGGAAAGAGAGCAAACCUUCCGUCAAUUACUAGAACAACGUAAUCAACAACAACAACAGUUACAUAAAUUAAAAGUAUUAGUAACUGAAUUGCUUAAAAAACACCCUGAAACAUUGAUAAAUUCUACAGAAACUAUGGAUUAUCAUAAAAAAAUAAACACUGACAAUCCUAUGUUAUCUGAAAAUAAAAAGCAAGAAAAUGCAGAAUUGCCAUUAAUCGAAGAUAAAACAGCGUCAGAAAUUCUUGAUGUUCUGACAGAAAUCAAAGACUGUAAAGAUGCAUGUAUUAUAGAACCUAAUUUUCAUCCAUGUCCAUGGUGCUCUGGAAGGCUAAUUACCGUGUAAUCACGAGUAAUUUAUUUUAAUCUUGUUAUAAUAAUAAAAUAUCACAUAUUUGUAUAAUA